GCCAAGCAAAAAGAGGAAGACCGCAUGCUAUGGUUGUUCGGAGAAUUUUCGAAUUCACGACCUUAAAGUCAUAUGAUUCACAGCAAAUAUAGCAACAAAUAUCUCAAUUGGUAUUUUCCAAAGCCACGAAACGUGCAUUGAGUUUGGAGCGAUAUGUGAAGUGAAGAUUGAAGACGUGAUAGAAGAUGGACGACUACUGCUAUGCUAAGAUGGCGACGUCCGCUAAAAGAGAACAUGAAAGAGAAUCAACUUCCAGCAAAUCACCAACGGAGAUAAAGACGAAAGAUGAAGACGUCCAGCAGCUGAUCGGUAAUCCAGAAGAAGUUUCCCCUCAGUUAGGGGGGAGCUCCACUUUGAAGCAGGAGACUCCACAACCACCCUGCAUUAAAAAGGAAGAGGAGGAACUCUGCAUCACUCAGGAGGGAGAGUGUCUUCUAGGACGAGAGGAAGCUGAUUACACCAAGUUUCCACUGAGUAUUCUCUCUGUGAAGACUGAAGAUGAUGAAGAGAAACCACAAGUAGACAACCUCUUAGCUCCACUAUUAGAUAGUAAGGCUGAAGACGAGGUUGAAGAACCUUUGAGCAGCGAUAAAGACUGUGAAGGUGAUAUGAGGACUCACACUGACAACAAACACUCUGAAUGCUCUACAAAGAAGAGAGGUAAAACAUGUUUGAGCUGCUCAGUUUGUGCUGAAAGUUUUACUAAAAAGAGCCUUUUGACUCGACACAUGAGAACACACACAGGAGAAAAACCAUUGAAUUGUUCAGUUUGUGGCAAAAGCUUUUCUCAAAAUAGCUGGUUGACUCAACACAUGAGAACACACACAGGAGAAAAACCAUUUUAUUGUUCAGUUUGUGGCAAAAGCUUUUCUGUUAAGUGCAAUUUGACUCAACACAUGAGAACACACACAGGUGAAAAACCAUUUAAGUGUUCAGUUUGUGGCAAAAGCUUUUCUCAAAAUCGCGAGUUGACUCAACACAUGAGAACACACACAGGUGAAAAACCAUUUAAUUGUUCAGUUUGUAGCAAAAGCUUUUCUCAUAAUUGCAGUUUGACUGAACACAUGAGAACACACACAGGUGAAAAACCUUUUAAUUGUUCAGUUUGUAGCAAAAGCUUUUCUCAACAUUUCAGUUUGACUAAACACAUUAGAACACACACAGGUGAAAAACCAUGUAAGUGUUCAGUUUGUAGCAAAAGCUUUUCUCAAAAUUGCAGUUUGACUCAACACAUGAGAACACACACAGGUGAAAAACCAUUUAAUUGUUCAGUUUGUGGCAAAAGUUUUUCUCAAAAUAGCAAUUUGACUAAACACAUGAGAACACACACAGGUGAAAAACCAUUUAAUUGUUCAGUUUGUGGCAAAAGCUUUUGUCAAAAUGUCCAUUUGAGUCGACACAUGAGAUCACACAGGUGAAAAAACAUUUACUUGUUCAGUUUGUGGUAAAAGCUUUUCUCGAAAUUGCAAUUUAACUGAACACAUGAGAACACGCAGUUAAAAAAACAUUUAAUUGUUCAGUUUGUGGUAAAAGCUUAUCUCAAAAUAGCUAUUUGAGUCGACAGAUGAGAACACACACAGGAGAAAAACAUUUAAAUGUUCAGUUUGUGGCAACAGCUUGUUCAGUUUGUGAUAGAAUAUUUUCUCUUAAUUGCAAUUAGACUCAACACAUGAGAACACACACAGGUCAAAUAACAUGCAACUGUUCAAUAUGUGGUGAAAACUUUUCUAUUAAGAACCGUUUGACUCAACACAUGAGAACACACACAGGUGAAAAACCAUUUAGUUGUUCAGUGUGCUGUAAAAGGUUCCUACAUAAUGCAGACACAGUAAAACAUAAGAACACACAAGGGAAAAUAACCAAUUAGCUGUUUAGUUUGUGGUAUGUUGCUCAUAUGUGGUGAUAUCCACCCUACCCAGGACCUCCUCACUGCUUCUUUCACAAAUAUCUGAGGUAUUCAUACAAACUUGGAUUAUUUGGAGCAUAAUCUUAUCUACUCAUGACCCCAUGUCUUCUCUGUAUCUGAAACCUUCCUGAACAGUAAGAUAGAUGAUGCUUC